UGUGUUCAAGAUCAAUCUCCAUAUUUGUUCGUAUCAUUGAUAGAUCAAUGGUACUCGUCACGCAAGCAGUCUUCAAAUCAUGUGCCUUCAGUUACUUUCAAUACACACAAGCUUUUAAUCCAUCUUGAAAACAGAUUGAUCUUGUGGCAUCCUGAUCAUGUGAUAUUAAUAUCAAAGAAAACAUUCUCGCCGUUUCAGUUAUCUAGGAAUUCGCUUACACCUCGUGCACGAUCGAUCGAUUUCAUUCUAAAAGCUUUCUCGGAAGGAUAAAAAUAGGACAAAAUCUUGACUUCCGUACAGGUGAUAUUUGUUUGAUAUCAACAUGGCAAAGGAAGGUUAUAGCAACGUUCAAAACUUGGAAAUGAACAAGUUAGAGAACGGUUCGCCCACUCAGCCCCGAAAGACUGUCACAGUUCUGGGUUCUGGCGACUUUGGUAGAGCUUUGACUAAACGACUUUCAUUGGCUGGCUAUGAUGUUGUUAUUGGCAGCAGAAACCCAGAAAGACGGCAACACGAAUCAUCUCUACUCCUGUUCAGAGUCCUCUCCAUUGAUGAAGCUCUAAACCACUCUGAUAUCGUUUUUCUGGCCAUUCCUCGAGAUGGUUAUGACGCGACCGUUACGUCAUUGAGUUCUCAGUUGAAGGGCAAGAUCUUGAUUGACGUAAGCAAUCGUACCCAGACUGCCUAUGAAAGCGGUUCCAACGCCGAAUAUCUUGCAAGCUUAGUUCCAGAUGCACACGUCGUAAAGGGGUUCAAUGUCAUUUCUGCAUGGUCGUUGGAAAGUGACGUGUAUGGUGGAAGUAGAUUGGUGUAUGUUUGUGGGGACGAUGCAACUGCCAAGGAAAAGGUUAUCGGGAUAGCCAGAUCAAUGCAGUUCAAUGCAAUGGAUCAGGGUUCAUUGAAGAUGGCAAGCAACAUUGAAAAUAAACCUCUGGAACUCUUCCCAAGUUGGCGUGUUGCAAUAGCAAUGGUGGGCGUCCUCUAUCUCUUCAUGGUGCUAUAUUUUGUUGUAGCAAUGGUGGCUUAUGGAAGCGACUUCACCAACUUUCCUCUCAGAUCGAUGAGCCUUAUUUUCGCAUUUACUGUCAUUGGGAUCCUAGAUAUGGUGUACCUCCCAGGUUGCCUUGCAGCUCUACUUCAGCUGGCGUAUGGCACCAAAUAUCGAAGAUUUCCACGUUGGCUUGACUCGUGGAUGAAAGCUCGGAAGCAACUUGGUUUGAUCGCUCUGACCAUGGCAGCCAUGCAUGGCUGUAUGUCCACGUUGUAUUGGUCUCCUGUGUACAAGAGUCGACUGUUUCAGAAAACGACCACAAAUUUUGGCAAUGUUUCUAUCGUGGAAUACAAGAAGAUGUUGGCCCAAGGCGAAGCUUUCCUUACCCUUGGUGUUCUGGCCUUGACAGCGUUGUCCAUUUUGGGUGUGACUUCACUACCAACAGUCCUGAACCGCAUGAGCUGGCGUGAGUGGAAUUUCGUUCAGUCUGGCAUGGGCUACUUUUCCCUCAUCUUUGCUUUGCUUCAUUUUACCAUUUACGCGUACAAAGGUAUCCCGAAAUGGAAACCUCAGUUCUUCUUCUAUCCAACAGUAUUAAUCGUUCUCAUUGGAUACGCGGUUGUUAUUCUUCGUUUCAUUCUGUUAUUACCCUGCAUCGCGAACAAGGUGAAGAAGAUCCGUUCAGGAUGGGAAAGAGGCGGAGAACUGAUUAUUUGAUUGUGGAACAUUGAACUGUCUCGUUUUUCAGAAUAUCAUUAUUUCUGACAUAGUUUGUAUCCUGGGGUUGUAGAUUAGACACUAAAAACGCUGGUCUUUUUCAG